UAUAAUACGAAAAUGUCAGAAAAUAUGGAAGAAAGUAUAGAAGAAUCUCUGGAGAAACUCGAUAUUUCAAUGGCAGCACCCAUGAUAUUCAUUUUGGUAUCUAUUAUCCAGUUUAUCAAUCGAUACAUCGAAGUCAAUAAGAAGAGAGCAACCAUGUCUGCGGACGAUGUACGGCUGAAGGCAGAAAUUAAGAGGCUCUUAAGAGAGGCGGCUGCCCUAUCACAGCCUUCAACAUUUGCACAAGCUGCAAAGCUGAGGAGGAUCGCGGCAGCUAAGGAGAAGGAACUUGCAAAAAGCUUUGAGACACACGGUAAGGAGAUAAGCAUGUCAUUUGAUAUGUAUACAAAAGGCCUAUUCUUUUUAAAGAUCUGCACAUACCUUCUGCUCGUUUUAUGUUUUUGGCGGGUGCCUUUGGGUUUCAUAUCUCAGCAGCUUGUACAUCCUUUUGGUAUGGUGUUAUCUUGGCUAUCUGGUGGCGAUGCACCCAACUAUACCACGAUUGGGAUUAUUCCAUGGAUAUUCGUGUCUAGUAAGGCCAGCAGAUUCUUGCUCAAAAGAGUAAUAAAGUAGAGAAGAAAAUAAUCCACGGUGUUUGGCUCUGGAGUGUAACCAAUUUUGGUGUCAAUUUCUUUAAUUUGAUUCAUCAUUCUUUUUGUCGACGUCCAUUCUUAAAUUAAAUUUUAGUCCACUGAUUGAUUGAUCCGUCUCUGGGAGGUGAUUCAUCUCCUCAUGAAAUUUGCAAGCAUAAUCAUUCUGUUUGUCUGUGUAUGUGUAUAUGACAUUUUGAUCAAAAUAAAAGUUGGAACUUAUUACGAGAGUUU